AUGGGUAUUUCUCGCGACUCGCGUCACAAGCGCUCGGCCACCGGUGCGAAGCGCGCCUUCUACCGCAAGAAGAGAGCGUUCGACAAGGGUCGCCAGCCCUCCAACACCCGUCUUGGUAACAAGAGAAUCCACCUUGUCCGCACCCGUGGUGGUAACCAGAAGUUCCGUGCCCUCCGUCUCGACUCCGGUAACUUCUCGUGGGGAUCUGAGGGCAUCUCCCGCAAGACCCGUGUCAUUGGUGUCGUGUACCACCCUUCGAACAACGAAUUGAUCCGUACCAACACCCUCACCAAGUCGGCUAUCGUCCAGAUUGACGCCGCCCCCUUCAGACAAUGGUACGAGGCUCACUACGGCCAGCCCAUCGGCCGGAGACGCCAGGCCAAGACUGAGACCACCGAGGAGAAGAAGAGCAACAGUGUCCAGAAGAAGCAGGCUGCUCGCUUCGCUGACCAUGGCAAGGUCGAGCCCACCAUCGAGAGACAGUUCGAGUCCAGCCGUCUGUACGCCGUUGUUGCCUCGCGCCCCGGCCAGAGCGGUCGCUGCGACGGAUACAUCCUGGAGGGUGAGGAGCUUGCUUUCUACCAGCGUGCGAUCAGAAAGUAA